AUGACCAUGAUUUCCAAGCAGAAUGUCCCACCCGUUCUGGUGACCGUGAUCCUGCUGCUCAGCCUGAUCAGGCUGUUUCUGUUGUGUCGCUUUGGGUCCAAAUGGUCCGCCUACAAGAUCGAUUAUGCUUUUCUUCGAAUAAACUCUCAGCAGCACCGAUUUGACGCGACACCGCGAAUGCUCCUUAUCCUAGCCCGAGUUCUCGUCAUACUCUCUACCGUGGCCAAACUGGCAAUCGCGCUUGUUGGCGGUUUUAUUCUAGACUCUGCCCAUCAAGGUGGUCUCUUCAUUCUCUGCGUUGACUAUUUGGGAGCGACGAUGUGGUAUUGGUGGCUCCUUCAGCAUGAAACUGAAGGCCAGACGACCUUCAGGCGGGUCUCAUACUAUUUAGCGGCUCUGACGCUGAUGUUGCUGGUCAUUGCAAUUGUCGGCAUUCUGCGGGUAUCGUGGGUAAUCGCACUUGAGACCCAGCUGAUCACCAUUUUUAUUUGGGCAUCACUUGAAAGAUUAGUCGUGUGA